CUUCAAGUUAAUAUUGGUUUGAGUUUGAUUAAUUUGUUUUAAAUAGAAAUUAUUAUCAUUAAUUAAUCUUGAUUUGAUUUCAAUUUUGCUCCCUAUAAUUAGUGUCUAGUGUAAAACUUGUUUCAUUUCUCUCUAUCAUUCUCCCUCCCUUUCAAGUUCCAUGUCAUCUUAACAUUGGAGCCAUGGAGCCACAAGGAUUCAAGCAACAAUAUGGAGGAAGCCCAGAUCAAAACCUUCUUCAUCUCUCGACAAUGUACCCGGCUUGUGGCCCGAGUUUCUCCAGCAGAGUCAGAUCCAACGAUCAGUUUCAUGUUCCUUUCCAUGUAUUCUCUCCGAAUACAUUGUCUGUCAGCACAGGCUCAACUCUAAAUGAUGAAGCAAGAGAGAACCGAGUGAGUAUCAUCAAUGAAAGGAGGAUGAAGAGAGUGAUAUCUAACAGGGAAUCUGCUCGAAGAUCAAGAAUGCGCAAGAAGAAACUAAUCGAAGAGCUUCAGAUUCAGGUUGGGCAGGUUCAAGCUAUUAAUCAUCAACUAUCAGAAAAGAUCAUUCUCUUGUUAGAAAACAACAACCAGAUGCUGCAAGAGAACUCACAGCUCAAGGAGAAAGUUUCUUCUCUUCAAAUACUUCUCUCCGAUCUCAUGAACCCUCUCCGAGGUCGUGAAGAAGUCACUGCCCCCACUGCAAAUAUGAAUAGCCUCAGAUCUGAGACUUCAUGCCAAUCCAUUCAUCACUAAACCAUGGAAUGACUAUAAACUAUGUUGUGUAUUGUGUUCAUGUAAAUAUUCAUCAAAUUUCAGUAUGGGCACUUUCUCCUGCAAUGUUUGUAAUAAACUCUACUCUUCACAUA